CGCGGCCCAAGCCGUCGGCGUUCGUGGGCGAGACCAGACCUUGGUCCAUGAGCUCGUUGAUGCGGCUUCUUAUCUGACUCUGGAGCGGCGUUCUCCCUCGGGAUGUAUGGAUUCUCGCAGGCAAACCCAUGAUGACGGCACUUUUGUAUUGCCCUGUACGUGUACUGGACGCUUCCAACGGGAUGCUGGGGCGGAACUGCCCUGUUGGCAAGUAAGAGCGGACUUCAAUUGCGCUGGAGCUCGUGGCGUAAGCGCGCAGAGCAAUCGUUUGAGCUGCAGCGAGAAUCUCACUGAAACGUCGCUGUUUCUGCCAACUUGCUGGGCAAAAUCCUGCUGCGACAAGAGGACUGCAGCGAGCUGCAUUAUAUCCACCACUAGCAGCAUGCUGGUUGCCGGCAGCUAGGUGAAAGACGUCGCCGCCCUGGCGUCGAGUUGUUGAUCACAGCACUUUCUUCGUGCUGUGCUUGGCCGCACACUGGCGACUUCAAUGCUCUCUGGGCGUGAAAUGCGCGAUGCUACGGUCUAACACGCUGUAAGAAUGAUGUUAAGUGAGGAAACAAAUGGCUGUAAUUGCUUUUUAACUAGUUCGUGUUUAAAGUCAUCGAGAGAUAUCGCGGUGGU